GUCUCAAUUUCACCAUAUCGCAGCACUUCUGUAUGUGUAAGCAUAUCCUGCUAGCUUCUUGUUUAGCAUGGUGAUCCCUGGGUGCAGGACAGGCUAGACUGGAAAAGUCAAAGAUACCAUUUCAUCCUUCAGUAACCAAAUAGACCUGAGUGCACUCUGCCUCCUGCUGACAAACCUACCGAUCUUUAGCCUGGAAAGAGAUGUGCUAACUUCCUUGUUAGGUCUGCAAGAAGAGCACAUGACACAAAGGAAGAUGGUAUCUCUAACCCCUGGAAAACAGCGUUCUUACAUAGCCACCAUUCCACUGUUACUUGCUGCUGCCUUCGUUGUUGCUGUACACAGUGAUUGUGAUGAGCCACCGCGUUUUCAUUUUGCUGAGCUAAAGGAGGAGUAUAGAAAUCGGAGUAAGUUUGCUGUUAAUAGCAAAGUGGAGUACAACUGUCGCUCAGGUUAUACCAAGGUACAAAAGUCCAUUCUUUAUUGCACGUCACGUUCUCAAUGGUCAGACGCCCUACAGUUUUGCAGGGCAAGAUCAUGCCGUCACCCUGGAGAGCCAGAAAAUGGCAGACUUGUUAUUCUAUCAGAUCUCACGUUUGGUGCAACAGUAAACUUCAUCUGUGAAGAGGGGUACAGACUAAUUGGAAAUGCAGAAAGAAAAUGUGUGCUUGAAGGAUCACAAGUUACAUGGGACAGAGAUAUUCCAUACUGUCAAGUGAUACCUUGCCUGCCUCCUCCAAUAAUAGAGCACGGGACACAUACUGGGACAACGAUGGAGGAAUUCAACUAUGGGACAUCUGUCACUUACCAGUGUGACACUGUAGAAAGGGGACAGGUUCCUUUCUCACUUAUUGGAGAGGCCUCCAUUCACUGUACAUCCAAGGAUAAUGUAAAUGGAGACUGGAGCGGGCCUGCCCCUGAAUGCAAAGUUGUUCGCUGUGAACAACCAAAAGUUGACCAUGGAAAACAGAUGACUGGAUAUAGUCCUGUAUACACCUACAGAGCCUCCGUUCUGUUUGAGUGUGAACACCGCUACACCCUCAAAGGCAGUAACAUACUUCAUUGCAAUGAAAAUAGUAGAUGGGAUCCUCCGUUACCAGUUUGUGAGCGAAGUAGCUGUGAUGACCCACCUUUCGUUAGUAAUGCUUUUCGAGAUGGUUCUAACAGCAAGUUGUUUCCGGCUGGGACUGUAGUGAAAUACUCCUGUGUGAGAGGUUAUGAGUUAAUCCCUGGAAUAUCCUCUGCAAGUGUUACCUGUCAAAAAGAUUUUACAUGGUCUGAACAUGAAGAAUUUUGUCGGAAAAUUAGAUGUCCAUCUCCAGACAUUACCAAUGGAAAAGCAAUACCUAAAAAAGAAACCUACAUGUAUGAGGACAAGAUUCGCAUUGAAUGUAAUUCCGGUUACGCCCUCAAAGACAAGAAUGGAUUGAUUAAGUGUGAACAUGAUCGUGCAUGGCAUCCUCCAUUACCAAUUUGCGAACCGGCUUGUGAGCCACCUGCGCGCAUCGCUAAUGGAUGGGACGACCACAGCUGGGAAAAAGCUGUCCUUGUUGGCUCAAGUGUGACUUACAAAUGUAACCCUGGUUGGUCACUUGUUGGAGUAUCCUCCAUUCGAUGUACAGCUGGUGAUGGGGGAACUCCACGCUGGGAUGCACCUGUCCCUGAGUGCAAAGCUUGUGAGCCACCUGCGCGCAUCGCUAAUAGUCGGGACGACCGCGGCUGGGAAAAUGAUUUCCUUGUUGGCUCACGUGUGAGCUACUCCUGUAACCCUGGUUGGUCACUUGUUGGAGUAUCCUCCAUUCGAUGUACAGCUGGUGAUGGGGGAACUCCGCGCUGGGAUGCACCUGCCCCUGAGUGCAAAGCUUGUGAACCACCUGCAAACAUCGCUCAUGGACGGUACAACCGCAGGUGGGAAAAAGUUUUCCUUAUUGACUCAAGUGUGACCUACGAAUGUGACCGUGGUUGGUCACUUAUUGGAGAAUCCUCCAUUCGAUGUACAGCUGGUGAUGGGGGAACUCCACGCUGGAAUGCAUCUGCCCCUGAGUGCAAAGCUUGUGAGCCACCUGCACACAUCUCUAAUGGACGGGACGACCGCGGCCAGAAAAAUAUUUUCCCUGUUGGCUCAAGUGUGACCUACGAAUGUGACCAUGGUUGGUCACUUUAUGGAGUAUCCUCCAUUCGAUGUACAGCUGGUGAUGGGGGAACUCCACGCUGGGAUGCACCUGUCCCUGAGUGCAAAGUUUGGUGUCCAAAGCCAGAUGUGCAAAAUGGAGGAAUGGUCAAUGCAUUAGAUGAAAAAGACUGGUACAACAUGAAUGAAAACAUUACUUUCAAAUGCUCUCCUGGGUACCAAUUUUCAAACCUUUGGUAUCAGUCUACAACAGACAGUUUGACUAUUACAUGUUCAACUAAUGGCACCUGGACGGUGUUACCCAAGUGUGAGAAGCAAAUCAAUUCUCCUCUGUGCAACAUGGUUCGCGAAACUGUACAGAUUCUCCACUGCGGUCUGUCUCUGGCAGAACUGAGAACCCGUCUGGAAGCACAGAAACUGUAUCUGGAGAUUCAGAAACUUAAGCGAGACCUACAAAAAUACAAGGAAUACAGCUCCCUCUGUAAAGGAAGAACAAUCAUGUACAGCCUGCAGGAGAUGCUGGACAUUAAUACCCCUCUGUCUCGUUCUUCUGAUGCCGCCCAGCCUUUGGAAGGAGAACAACACUACAGAGGGGGCUGGGCAGCAUGUGCACCCUCUGCCCAUCUCCUUCCUGGGCCCCUGCAGCGGCAGCGCACGGACUCCCACUUCCCCUUGCCUCAUGUGCCUAUGGGUGGCCGUGACUGGGGUCCGUGUUGCACAGUGCGCAGGGUGAGGAGCGGCCACAGCCCUGCCUGGACUGCACUGUCACCACCAUUCUCUGGGAACUCACCUGGCACCAUGAUGUCACUUCCCUCUGGCUGGACCCUGCGGCUCCUGGGGACCCUGGUACUCAUGACACUGCCUGGGGGAGCUCUCAGUUAUUGUGUUGAUCCACCUGACAUUCCCAAUGCUGUUCGGAAGUCUAAUGUUGGCACAUUGAUUCCAGCCGGGAUGGUGAUUAAAUAUGGCUGCCGCCCAGGUUAUAAGCUAAUCCCUGGAAUAAGGCAAGGGCAUGUAACUUGUCUUCAAAAUUCGACCUGGUCUUCAGCUCCGAACUUUUGUCAGAAAGUUCGUUGUCCAGCUCCAGAUGUUAACAAUGGAACACAGACACUGAUGCCUAGACCUGGAGAGGAGACCUAUGCGUUUGGGGACAAUGUUACAAUUGAAUGUGAUUUGGGGUAUGGUAUUAAAGACAGUAUCAAUGGAAAUGCUCAGAUUCACUGCAAACAUGAUGGCACGUGGGAUCCUGCCGUACCAGUUUGCGAACGAGUUUGUGCCCAACCCCCAAACAUCUCCCACGGCCAGUACAAUGACUGGGGCAAGAGAGGUUUUGUUGUUGGCUCAUCGGUAACUUACAAAUGUGACAGAGGCUUCUCACUUGUUGGAAUAGCCUCCAUUCAGUGUGUCACUGGUGAUGAGGUCACUCCAACCUGGAGCGAGCCUACCCCUCAGUGUGAAGAGACUCAGUGUCCAGUCCCACAUAUUCAACAUGGAAGCCUGAAAUCUCCACUUCCACUUAACUAUACACACAGAACCAAUGUCACAUUUCAGUGUGAUCCUGGUUACACCCUCAGGGGCGCUGAUAGGAUUAAUUGCCAAGCAGAUGGCAAGUGGUAUCCGCAGCUACCCGUUUGUGACCCAGGGAGAUGUUCCUACCCGCCAGCGCUUGCGUACGCUGACAGAAGCCAUCACAGAGAGUUUCUAGUUGGUACUGUAGUGACCUACUCCUGUAGACGAGGUUUCACACGCAUCCCUGGAGUAUCUCCUCAUGUGACUUGUCUUACAAAUUUUACAUGGUCUAAACUCUCAGAAUUAUGUCAGAAAGUUCGUUGUCCAGCUCCAGAUGUUAACAAUGGGACACCGACACCGAUGCCUAGACCUGGAGAGGAGACCUAUGUGUUUGGGGACAGUGUUACAAUUGAAUGUGAUUUGGGGUAUGGUAUCAAAGGCAGUAUCAACGGGAAUGCUCAGAUUCACUGCAAACAUGAUGGCACAUGGGAUCCUGCUGUACCAGUUUGCGAACGAGUUUGUGCCCAACCCCCAAACAUCUCCCAUGGCCAGUACAAUGACUGGGGCAAGAGAGGUUUUGUUGUUGGCUCAUCGGUAACUUACAAAUGUGACAGAGGCUUCUCACUUGUUGGAAUAGCCUCCAUUCAGUGUAUUGCUGGUGAUGAGGUCACUCCAACCUGGAGCAAGCCGACCCCUCAGUGUGAAGAGACUCAGUGUCCAGUCCCACGUAUUCAACAUGGAAGCCUGAAAUCUCCACUUCCACAUAACUAUACACACAGAACCAGUGUAACGUUUCAGUGUGAUCCUGGUUACAUCCUCAGGGGCGCUGAUAGGAUUCAUUGCCAAGAUGAUGGCAAGUGGUAUCCGCAGCUACCCGUUUGUGACCUAGGGAGAUGUUCCUACCCGCCAGCGCUUGCGUAUGCUGACAGAAGCCAUCAGAGAGAGUUUCUAGUUGGUACCGUAGUGACCUACUCCUGCAAACCAGGUUACACACGCAUCCCUGGAGUAUCUCCUCAUGUGACUUGUCUUACAAAUUUUACAUGGUCUAAACUCUCAGAAUUAUGUCAGAAGACUCGUUGUCCAAAGCCAGUGGUUGAAAAUGGAAAACAAAUCUCUCCAGUGGAAACUGAAUAUACGUAUGCCAACCGUGUGGUGUUUCAGUGUGAUCCUGACUACAUCCUCAGAGGCAGUGAGGGGAUUGUGUGCCAGAGCGAUGGGAUGUGGCACCCUCCAGUACCAUUUUGUGAAAAAUCCUGUGGCCGACCUCCAACUCUCACGAACGGGCUGCACAAUGGUGGGGUGAAGGAAUAUUUCCCCUAUGAAUCACAAGUGACCUAUAGCUGCGGAGACGGUUUAUCACUGAUUGGAGAGUCCUCCAUUUAUUGCACAUCUGAUGGGGUAAAUAUGAUGUGGAGCGGGCCUGCCCCGCAGUGCAAAGUGGUUCGCUGUCCGAGGCCACAGGUUGAAAAUGGAAGAAUGACGACUACAAGACAAGCGUUCACAUACGGUGUCACUGUUCGGUUCUCUUGCAAGGAAGGCUACCUGCUCCAUGGCAGCAGAGUGAGUCAGUGUCAGGAUGACAACGCCUGGAAUCCUCCUGUGCCAAGUUGUCAGCCCGUUCAGUGUUCAAAGCCAGACGUGCAGAAUGGAAGAAUGGUCAAUGCAUUAGAUGAGAAAAUGUGGUACAAUGUAAAUGAAAGCAUUACUUUCAAAUGCUCUCCUGGGUACCAUUUUUCAGACCAUUGGUACCUGCCUACAACAGACAGCUUGAGCAUUACUUGCUCAGCCAACGGCAACUGGACAGCAUUACCCAAAUGUCAAAAGCAAAGCAAUACUGAAGAAUGCGCAGGAGCACGUGAGAGUAAAGAGUUUCUCCAUUGUGAUGUGCCUCUGACAGAACUGAGAACCCUGCUGGAACUGAAGAAACUGUAUCUGGAGAUUCAGAAACUGAAGCGGGAGAUUAAAAAAUUUCUCAGAGCUGUUCAGGCCCCGCCCCCUUCUGUCUCACUUGUGCUGAGCACGGCGCCGACUGCGGCUCGGAGCUCCCCGUCGGCCCCCGCCAUGUCCCCGGGGCUCCCCGGCCCCGCGCUGGCCCUGGGGCUUCUAGCGCUGCUGCUGCUGCCCGGGACUCGCAGUGACUGUGGGCCCCUGCCAAAGCUGAAUUAUGCUAUCCCGUCCGAUAUGGAUCGGAUAGAGGGCUUCCCUGUUGACACACAAGUUACAUACAAGUGCCGUGAUGGGUUUUUUAAAAUCCCUGGAAAGUCAGACACUGUAGUGUGCCUUUCAAACUCCCAGUGGUCAAACAUCAACGAGUUUUGUGGUCGUGGGUGUGAUGUCCCAACAAGGUUAAAGUUUGCUGCCUUAAGUAAGGAUGAUGAGAGUAAGAAUUACUAUCCUCCUGGGAUCACUGUGAGAUAUACUUGUCGCCCAGGGUAUGAGAACAUCACAGAAAUGCUUCUUGUUAGUACUUGUCUUGACAACUUAACAUGGUCAGAAGCCCCUGAGUUUUGUAGAAGGAAAUCAUGUGGUCUUCCAGGAGAAGUACUCCAUGGCAGAGCUGUUCAUAAAACAGACUUUCUGUAUGGUGCAAAAAUAGACUUCCUCUGUGAAGAUGGGUACAAAUUAAUUGGACGGCCUUUCAUUCAUUGUGGGCUUAAGGGAGAUGAAGUUGAAUGGAGUGAACUUCCAACUUGCCAAGCAAUUACUUGUUCUUCCCCUCCUUACGUUGCCAAUGGAACGUACGAUAGCAGGGGUGCAGAAAACUUUGCUUAUAACUCAACAGUAACUUACAGAUGUGACCGUGGGUUCCAGCUUAUUGGAGCUGCCUCCAUUCAUUGUACAACAAAAGAUAAAACAAGUGGAAUCUGGAGUGGACCUGCUCCUAAAUGCAAAGACACAACUGCACGUGUCCUAUUGAAAGGAAAUGAAACAAGUGGUACUUUCUCAGGUUCUUAUAAUGCAUCCAGUAACAUGGUACCCGAGCAGCAUCUGAAAAAGAAAAUAAAAAGCAGACUGUAUUAUGUAUCACAAUUCCAAAACAAACAUUUCACCAUCACUUCCUCCCGUUCUUCCUCAUUUCCCAGAGGUGACCUGAGGACGCGAGGUAGUUGGAUUACUCCACCACUGUUCAGAUUUGCUGUACCCCUGUACGUUAAUCAGAACUAUUGUUCUGUCAGAACAAAUGAAAGAUCUAUUUGCCGACAGAGUUACAUGGGAAUCUCUGGAGUAUUACCCAGCACCACGUGCUUUCAAAACUUAAAAUGGUCAGAAGUCCCAGGAUUCUGUGGAAAGAUUCCUCGUUGUCCAAACCCAGUGAUUGAAAAUGGAGAACAGAUCUCUAUAAGUGAAACUGAAUAUACAAUUGGAAACCGUGUUGAGUUUCGAUGUGAAUCUGGCUACAUCCUCGAAGGCAGCAAGUCGAUCGAAUGCCAGUCAAAUAAGACGUGUAAUCCUCGAGUGCCAUCUUGUAUUAAGGGUUAUUGUGUUGAUCCACCUGACAUUCCCAAUGCUGUUCGGAAGACUAAUGUUGGCACAUUGAUUCCAGCCGGGAUGGUGAUUAAAUAUGGCUGCCGCCCAGGUUACGAGCUGAUCGCUGGAAUUAGGCAAGGGAAUGUAACUUGUCUUCAAAAUUCGACCUGGUCUUCAGCUCCAAACUUUUGUCAGAAAGUUCGUUGUCCAGCUCCAGAUGUUAACAACGGGACACCGAGGCCGAUGCGUAGACCUGGAGAGGAGACCUAUGCAUUUGAGGACAGAGUUACAAUUGAAUGUGAUUUGGGGUAUGGUAUCAAAGGCAAUAUCAACGGAAAUGCUCAGAUUCACUGCAAACAUGAUGGCACAUGGGAUCCUGCCAUACCAGUUUGCGAACCAGUUUGUGCCCAACCCCCGAACAUCUCCCGUGGCCAGUACAAUGACUGGGGCAAGAGAGUUUUUGUUGUUGGCUCAUCGGUAACUUACAAAUGUGACAGAGGCUUCUCACUUGUUGGAAAAGCCUCCAUUCAGUGUGUCGCUGGUGAUGAGGUCACUCCAACCUGGAUUUGUGCCCAACCCCCGAACAUCUCCCGUGGCCAGUACAAUGACUGGGGCAAGAGAGUUUUUGUUGUUGGCUCAUCGGUAACUUACAAAUGUGACAGAGGCUUCUCACUUGUUGGAAAAGCCUCCAUUCAGUGUGUCGCUGGUGAUGAGGUCACUCCAACCUGGAGUGAGCCGACCCCUCAGUGUGAAGAGACUCAGUGUCCAGUCCCACGUAUUCAACAUGGAAGCCUGAAAUCUCCACUUCCACAUAACUAUACGUACAGAACCAGUGUAACGUUUCAGUGUGAUCCUGGUUACAUCCUCAGGGGCGCUGAUAGGAUUCAGUGCCAAGCUGAUGGCAAGUGGUAUCCGCAGCUACCCGUUUGUGACCUAGUUUGUGCCCAACCCCCGAACAUCUCUCACGGCCAGUACAAUGACUGGGGCAAGAGAGUUUUUGUUGUUGGCUCAUCGGUAACUUACAAAUGUGACAGAGGCUUCUCACUUGUUGGAAAAGCCUCCAUUCAGUGUGUCGCUGGUGAUGAGGUCACUCCAACCUGGAGCGAGCCGACCCCUCAGUGCGAAGAGACUCAGUGUCCAGUCCCACGUAUUCAACAUGGAAGCCUGAAAUCUCCACUUCCACAUAACUAUACAUACAGAACCAGUGUAACGUUUCAGUGUGAUCCUGGUUACAUCCUCAGGGGCGCUGAUAGGAUUCAAUGCCAAGCUGAUGGCAAGUGGUAUCCGCAGCUACCCGUUUGUGACCUAGGGAGAUGUUCCUACCCGCCAGUGCUUGCGUGCGCUGACAGAAGCGAUCACAGAGAGUUUCUAGUUGGUACUGUAGUGACCUACUCCUGCAAACCAGGUUACUCCAGGGAUGCGUGUGUAUCUCCUCAUGUGACUUGUCUUACAAAUUUUACCUGGUCUAAAAUCUCAGAACUAUGUCAGAAGACUCAUUGUCCAAAGCCAGUGGUUGAAAAUGGAAAACAGAUCUCUCCAGUGGAAACUGAAUAUACGUAUGCCAACCGUGUUGUGUUUCAAUGUGAUCCUGACUACAUCCUCAGAGGCAGUGAGGGGAUUGUGUGCUGGAGCGAUGGGAUGUGGCACCCUCCAGUACCAUUUUGUGAUAAAACCUGUGGCCGACCUCCAACUCUCACGAACGGGCUGCACAAUGGUGGGAUGAAGGAAUAUUUCCCCUAUGAAUCACAAGUGACCUAUAGCUGCGGAGACGGUUUAUCACUGAUUGGAGAGUCCUCCAUUUAUUGCACAUCUGAUGGGGUAAAUAUGAUGUGGAGCGGGCCUGCCCCGCAGUGCAAAGGUAAGUCAUUCUCCAUGACUCUAAAUUACAAAGGUCCAGGAUUACCGCUGACGUGGGUGGUGAAAAGCCGGGAGGGGGUGUGGCUAUGGCACUCAGGCUGCACUGACCCAAGGUAUCCUCACCAGUAUGGCUCCCUGGUUGUCACAUACGGUGUCACUGUUCGGUUCUCUUGCAAGGAAGGCUACCUGCUCCAUGGCAGUAGAGUGAGUCAGUGUCAGGAUGACAACGCCUGGAAUCCUCCUGUGCCAAGUUGUCAGCCCGUUCAGUGUUCAAAGCCAGACGUGCAGAAUGGAAGAAUGGUCAAUGCAUUAGAUGAGAAAAUGUGGUACAAUGUAAAUGAAAGCAUUACUUUCAAAUGCUCUCCUGGGUACCAUUUUUCAGACCAUUGGUACCUGCCUACAACAGACAGCUUGAGCAUUACUUGCUCAGCCAACGGCAACUGGACAGCAUUACCCAAAUGUCAAAAGCAAAGCAACACUGAAGAAUGCGCAGGAGCACGUGAGAGUAAAGAGUUUCUCCAUUGUGAUGUGCCUCUGACAGAACUGAGAACCCUGCUGGAACUGAAGAAACUGUAUCUGGAGAUUCAGAAACUGAAGCGGGAGAUUAAAAAAUUGUAAUGACUAGCUGAAAUCUGUGAUCCUCAUUGUGUUAGGAAAGUGAAAGCAAGUAGAGGAGCUAGAUUGAACUGUAUGAACUGAAGGUUUAUUUUCAUACAAGCUUCAGACCCUAUGCAGCUGGAAAUGUACGGCAACAACCUUCAGCUUUGCCAUAACUGCUGCUUACAUUUAGCUUUUAUGCAUUAUAACACAUACAUUCACAGUGGGUGUAUGGCUCUUCUACUGUGUGAUUUACAUUAACCUUAAGGGCAGUGAUGUUCAUAACUCCCCGUGCACCACUGAAAAUCUAAGGGAUAGCAAAGCAAUCUUCCCUGUCCUCUUAAUUUAAACUCAGCUCAGCAGACUUUCUUCUCAAUCUGACCAGAUCUAGUUUUGACUGAUACCAGUGUUAUCACCUGAGGCAUUUUUAUAUCUAAUCACACUCAAGAGUAGAUGGUAGAAAUUUAACUGUAGAGAAACAACCUGCUAAGCCAUUUUCCCAUUGCCCAAUAAAUGGACUUGUACCUUUUGAGAUUAAAUAAUUAUUCCUGCAUUCCAGGGCUACAGUAAAAUGCAAUUGUUAUAA